AAAAAUACAUGUGCAUCUUGGAUAGAGCUAAUUUUUCUCGCAAAAAAUGUUACUCAUUUACUCAAUUAUUGAGAACGAGAGCGGGUUAAAACCGUAUCUGAAGAGAAUUUUAUACAUUCUGAAAAAUCUGCGCCUGUAAGUCUUUACUUGGGGGAAAAUUCUGGGGACGGAGAAGGCCGCACGAAGAAAGAGGAAAUAACAGUUUAGACUGGUUUUCAUCUUUAUCAAGGGAACAUAUUAAACUGACCAAAGGCUUUCCUGAAGUCAUGGCAGACGAAGAAAACACCCUGUAUUGUGGCAAUUGUAAACGUGACAUUCCUGAGGCCAAUUUUACCACACACGAGAUUCACUGUCGCAGAAAAAUUGUCCUGUGUGACGUGUGCCAGGAGCCCGUACCCCGAUCCGACCUGGACGAGCACCGGCUGCAGGAACACACGGAGAUUACAUGCAAAUGUGGAAUGAAGGUUGAGAAAAAUCAUGUUGAUGUACAUCAGAAUUCUGAAUGCUCACAGCGACUGGUGUCCUGCCCGUACUGUGAUCUGGAGCUUGCUUUUAGUCAUUCUAAAGAGCACGAGGACUAUUGUGGCACACGGACUGAGCCUUGUCCGCACUGCAAGUGCAACGUGAUGCUGCGUGAACAGGUUGUACAUCCCGCCUUAUGUGGAAGCCUCACACCACCUCAAGAGAAGAACAACAGCAGGAUGAGUCGCACCGCGGCAGAGCGAGAGUCUUCAGAUGCAUGGUUUGAAGCUCACUCCAUCAGGAACCUCCUCAGACCCCAAGAAAGAAGCGUGAAGAAUAAUAACGUUGGUGCGUCAGCUCAGCAGUCUUUUCCUCCAGCGUUUAAUCCUUCAAUGUACAACACUUCAAGAGCAAUGCAGGCUUCAAGAGACUGGAAGAAUGCUGCACCGCAGAACACAGGGUUUAGCCACUGUCACAGUGAUUUCCUGCAUGGAAGCAGCAGUAAUGCCAGAUCCCACAGUGAGAGUCCAUCAGACGAGGACUCCCCCGGCCUCGACUACAUGUUGGCUCUCAGCCUGCAGGGGGACGGAGAACCAGUGGCAGGAGGUGUGGACGGCAACGUGUGGAGUGACAUCUGGGACCACAACAUAGGGAAGUCAAACACAUCGGGAAACCCUUCCUUUUCUCUUCCCAACAACAAUUACUCGAACUUCAGUGGAGGAACGGUCACGAGUGCGGUUCAGGAUUAUGACCAAACAGAUACCAUGUUGCCUUGUGAGUUCUGUGAAGAGCUGUUUCCUGAGGACGACCUCAUUUUGCAUCAGACCGGUUGCAGUCCAACUUCAGCCUUUGCAUCUUUUAGCAAGCGUCCCACUUCUCCACCCAAAGAUGAGAAGAUGACCAGGAACGCUUCAGGAGUGAUUCAAAGGCUUCCCAACACACUUGCGGCCAACGUUCCAGCCUUUCCCCGAUCCAUGUCUCCAACAUCCUACAGUCCUCCAGUCAGUCCACUAGAGGGCGAUGUGGUCAUUCCAUGUGAAUUCUGUGGCAUCGCUUUGGAAGAAGCUGUUGUCUUUCACCAUCAGGAUAAAUGUGACAUGCGGCCUGAAAUCGCUCACCCUCUGAAUAAUACUGAAAGGCCAUCCACAAGGAAACCUCUCAGUGCUUUUAUGCACGGUUCUCCAGAGUUCCAGAGAAGAGUGAAGCACCAAGCUGAUGUCUUGGAUGAGGACUUUGACAGGAACAAUUUGCCAAACCUGGGAGGAUGGCAGAGAAGCUACCCCGGACCUCCAAAUCAGAGAAAGACUCCCAACUAUGACAUAUCUGUGAAACACAGAUCACAGCAGGGCAGCGACACGGACGCCGAUCGUUUAUCUUUUGGCGACGCUGGCAUGCCCGAUUCUGCUUCAUUAAAGGGACUUCAUAUCCAAGACAACAGAGAAGAAAGAAGGAAUAGAAGGAAUCCAAUGACAAAGUCAAACAAGGACCAGACGGAGGAGCAGCAGGACAAGUGAGGGCAAGAAAUGAAGGGAAAGACCAAAUAAAUAAGUCUACUUUUCCUGUAUCCUGUUUGCACACUUUUUAAAAUCUAAAACAGUUAAUAAGUUGAUAAGUGCCUGUGGGAGCUGUAGUAUCUAUCAGUUUAUGUUCAGUUAAAUCGUUUAGUUAGCUCAUUCAAAUGCAACAUAAUUUGAAAGCUGUUUUUUUGUUUGUUUAUUCUGGACUCCCGUAUUAUUAAGUUCUGUCCAUGUUUUUAUUCUUCAAAUGUUUUUGUUGAUUUGCUCGAAUAUGACUUGUUGAAAAACAGACACUAUGAUAAAUGUUACUUUAUUCUGCAGAUUAGUUAUUGCUUAAAAACAUUUUGUUCUGACCAGUUGGCUAUUUCUUUAAAGUUGCAUUUUUAACAAACAUUAAGCACUUUGAUAAAUGAAUUUGCUAAAAAGGGCUCGGGGAGCAAAUUACUUGGUUAUACAUAUUUGAUUAUGGUAAAAGUAUUCCAUUGAUAAUUCCUUUUUUUUACCUUUUAGACAUUUAUGUCCUUGUCAUUGAUUUCAUGUUAUCACUAUUAAUCUUUUUUUAUUUACCUUGUAAGUGUGUGUCUGUUGUAAUGUUACAAUAGCUUUAAAAGCAACAUGUCAUCUGUUUAAUCCUUUUUAUAAGUAAUCUAUGAAGUUGCUUUGCCUCCUUAAUUGAAUUUAAGGUCGAUGUGUUUUGUAACACUUUAUAAAUGUGCAUGCAUUCCAAUAGGCACUCACAGAUGCUGCAAGUUCUGCCUUUUUUUAAUCAACAACCUUAAGUAAAGAGCAGCGAACGGUGGUGAGAUCACUUGAUGUGUUGUUGAAUUAGUGGCACUCAUGGCAUGCUGUUAAAUGUUCUAGUUAAGAGAAACUUGUUAUCCUUUUGUGGUAAUUAAAUGUUUUAAGAGGGACAUUGUUGACUUUGAUUUCUUUUAAAUGCUACAUACAAGAAACCAAUAAAAUACCAAUAAACAUGAA